CGAUCCUAACCUGACCUAACCUAAACCCCUUUCUGAUUACCUCACACCGAUCUUCGAUUCCUUGCUUUCGAAUCCCCAAAAUCGCCACCGUGCGUAAUAAACCCUAAAAAAACCCUAAUUUUCCCACAAUUAGAUAAACCGUCAACGAGGCGAUGGCGUCUGGUGCUAUAGCUCCGAAGGCAAAGCACAAACGGAGCGAAAUCAGCAACAAAAGAACGAAACCCACGACGGCGUCGGCGAGAUCGGAGAGGCCGCCGUCGUCGUUUCCGUCGAAUCCACUUAUGUCGGAAGAUAAGAUGAAGAUAAGUCUGAACUCAAUCUCGAAGCUCGAAGCUCGCAACUUGAAGCGGAAACUAACGUCCGAGCUCGAAAAAGUCAGGACCUUUAUCAACCGCCUCGACAAGAAGAAGGGAGGAGGUUGUUCCGACAAAGGUAAAGCUCAGGUUUUGAAGAGCUGCGGUGGCUUGCUUUCGAAGCUGAUGAAGCACAAGUUUGGGUGGAUUUUCAAUACCCCGGUUGAUGCGGUUAAAUCCGGUUUACAUGAUUACCACACGAUUGUUAAGAAGCCUAUGGAUUUAGGGACGGUUAAGAGUAGGUUGAGUAAUAAGUACGAGUCUCCCUUGGAGUUUGCUGAGGAUGUGAGGCUUACUUUUAACAAUGCGUUGCUGUAUAACCCUGUGGGGCAUGAGGUUCAUCGUAUGGCUGAGUUUUUGUUGAACAUGUUUGAAGAGAAGUGGGCCCCGCUUCAAACACAGUAUCAGUCUCUUAAUAGUAGUCAACAAGAACGAGCUCCUCCUCCUAUAGUGGUUGAGGAUAGGACUUUGGAGAGAGCAGAGUCUAUGACAAACGCGGUGGAGCCUGCAGCUCUAACCGUUUCCCCUGAGAAGCGUGAAGAAGAGGAUAGGGACUUGACGUUUGAGGAGAAGCGGAGACUUAGUGAAGACCUUCAGGAUUUGCCUUUUGAUAAGCUAGAGGAAGUUGUUGAGAUUAUAAAGAAGAGGACACCGGAACUUGAACAACAAGACGAUGAGAUUGAGUUGGAUAUUGAUAGUCUUGACCUCGAAACGCUUUGGGAGCUUUAUAGGUUUGUGACAGGAUAUAAGGAGAGCUUGAGUAAGAAAAAGGAAGAGGGUGGAUUGGGAUCAGAAAGAGAAGGUGAAUCUGUUCACGAGAGUGUCCAAGAACCUAACACUCUAGUAACUGGCCCUGUAUCGACGAAAGUUACAGAAUCAGGUCAUGUGGCAUCUCCAGUUCGUCAAGUAAAUGCUGGUGGAUCAAGUAGUUCUAGUAGUAGUAGUGGAUCAGGCUCUUCUAGUGAUUCUGACAGUGAUACUGGUAACUAACCAAGACUGUGAAAGUAUUUAGCAUAGGUGGGAGAGCCUUGGUGUUGUCAGUUUCAAACUUGGUGCAUCUCUCUCAGUAGCAAACCUAGGUUGCUUUUUUGUUCCAGCGUCCUCCACAUCAGAUUGUUUCUGUAUUAUUAGUGUUCUUGUUAACUGUACAUAAAAGUGAACAACAUCUCAAGUGUUUUGUUUUGGCCUUGUCAUCAAUUUGAACAGGCUUGUUAUGUACACUUCUUAUUUGUUUUGUCAUCUUGGAUGUUCUUUUA